CCGCGUUCAAUUGCAGAAGAGAGAUCGGAAGAGCAGACAUAAUGCAGUCGUUCUUCCCUUCCGCGAGCGCCCUGAGCGCGACGUUCGGAUACGCCUCUCCUAUCAAGCUCAAUCGCCAACCUCAAUCACAGCGCAAGGAGAUCUCUCACCUAUACAGCAGCUGGGACGCGGCUGAAGAUGCGAAACAAAAGGUGACAAAGUUGAGCGAUGCUGCGGUCGCAGAGCUCAACAAGGCCUCUCAAAUCGCGCAAGAGAAGACUGGAAAGAUUGAGCUGUACUCUGGGAAGUACUAUGCUGCUUGCACAUUCGGAGGUCUGAUGGCCUGCGGUAUCACCCAUUGGGGUGUCACACCCCUUGAUCUUGUCAAAUGUCGUCGACAAGUCGACAGCAAGCUUUACAAGAGCAACAUCGAGGGCUGGAGCAAGAUAAUGGCCAGUGAAGGCCGGACGGCGCUCUACACCGGUGGCUCUCCCACGUUCUUCGGAUACUCGGUCCAAGGUGCUCUGAAAUAUGGUUGCUACGAGUUCUUCAAGAAGUUCUAUUCCGACCUUGCUGGCGAGGAGAAUGCUACCCGUUACAAGACCUGGAUUUACCUCGCCGGUUCUGCUUCUGCUGAGUUCUUUGCCGAUAUUGGUCUGUGUCCCUUUGAGGCUGUAAAGGUCAGAAUGCAAACUACCAUGCCGCCAUUCGCAAAGGGAACAUUCGAUGGUAUCUCCAAGAUCAUGGCUGAGGAAGGUGUUAGCGGACUGUACAAGGGUAUAACUCCUCUUUGGGGCAGACAGAUACCUUACACCAUGAUGAAGUUCGCUUCGUUCGAAACGAUAGUCGAAAUGAUCUACCACCGCCUCCCUGGAACCAAGGAUGAUUACUCUAAGGCUGCCCAGACCGGUGUCGCAUUCUCUGGUGGUUAUCUCGCUGGUAUCCUCUGCGCCAUCAUCUCUCACCCUGCCGAUGUCAUGGUCAGCAAGCUCAACACCAACCGACAAAAGGGAGAGUCGUUCGGUGGCGCAACCAGCAGAAUCUACAGGGAUAUUGGAUUUGGCGGUCUCUGGAGUGGUCUUCCGGUCCGUAUUGUCAUGAUUGGCACUCUCACCGGUCUCCAAUGGAUGAUUUACGACUCCUUCAAGAUCUUCAUGGGUCUGCCAACAACUGGCAGCGGAGGGCAGAAGGCGGAAGAGAAGAAGUAA